CUGUACAUCGGCAGUGGACAAAGGCGUGCUUUGCCGUGUAUCGAGGCGAGCGUUGUAGCCGCUACAGGAGCCGCGCGGGGUGGUGUGGCGCGCCGCGGGACCCCUCACUGCCGCUGGGACGACGGCCCGAGAACAGUGUGUGAAGAGCAUCGCCACACUUUAGAGGAGCGUCCCUUCGUACAGUCCACAGCUAGCUUGUCCCCUCUGAUAAACAGUCCAAGGGGCUAUUAUCUCAUAAAAUCCAACUGCAAGUUUCCCGGCGGCUGGUCCGCCGUGGUUCGUGCUUGGUCGGAGUUGCAGCUCGUCGUGGGUGUAUCGCACGUGAAGUCUCUCGCGCCGGAGGUCCGUGCCCCCUCGCCCGGAAAACCCAAAACAACGCGGCCGGGUCCUGUGUGUGGCCUUGACGUCAGGAUGUAUACACUUGCCGCGUAUUCAUCCCGCCCUUUGUCCAGAUCCGGCCUUCCCUCGCUUCGAUUAGACGGUUUCUUGGUCCGCCCUUGGGGGUCCCGUUGUCGGCCCUGUAACCAGGCGCAGGGCCUGUGGUGUUGGGGGGGGAACUCGCUCAGAGACGCACCGGGUCUGUGGGAGCCCCGCCCCCUAGAACCAUGGGGGGAGCUGGAGGGUUAA